AUGUUUCGUUUAAGGAAUUCUUUAUUAAGGAAUAAAUAUAGCUACAGCAGCAACAUUUUAAAAAGAACUUUUUUUAAUAUACCAACAGGAAACGGGAGCAAUAAUUUGAGACCUGUCUACAAUAGAUUUGAUGGAAGCCAUCAACAGGGCAAUGGUGACGGUGCAAAUUUUACUCAGCUACUAUUUGAUCCCAGUUCCAGAAAAUACUUGGCUAUAAUUUUUGGAGGUGGUGGACUGUUCUACGUAACACACUUGGACGAAGCACCAGUUUCGCAUAGAAAAAGGUUUAUUUGGUUACCACGCAUAUUAGAAUUGAAAAUAGGAGAGUAUACAUACAACAGGGUUUUACAGGAAACAGGACAAUCAUUACUACCAGCUAAUCAUCCACUAACAUUAAAGGUAGAACGGAUCUUUCGUAGAUUAGUGGAUGCUGCUAUAAGUGAUCCACAAAAUGCAAAUGUUAGAGAUUUAAUUAAAGAUGUAAACUGGAAGAUACAUAUAGUGAACGAUCCAAGAAUGCCACCAAAUGCUUUUGUAUUGCCCGGCGGGAAAGUUUUUGUUUUCAGCAGUAUCUUGGGUAUUUGUCAAAAUGACAAUGGGUUAGCAACGGUUUUAUCCCAUGAGUUUGCACAUCAAUUGGCAAGGCAUACUGCUGAGAACUUGAGUAAACUACCUGUUUAUACGCUUAUGGGGUUGACACUGUACUCAAUAACAGGAUCAAGUUAUUUUAAUAGGUUGAUUUUAGAUGCAGCUAUUAGAAUGCCUGCUAGUAGACAGAUGGAAACUGAAGCAGAUUAUAUUGGAUUAAUGAUCAUGUCUCGUGCAUGUUUUGAUCCAAGAGAAAGUGUUAAUUUAUGGAAACGAAUGGAAAAUUUUGAAAAAACACAAAUGAAAGGAGGAAUGCCAUUGGAAUUUCUAAGUACGCAUCCUUCAAGUGAUCGUAGGAUGGAGAAUAUGAAGGAAUGGUUGCCCAAAGCCAUUAGUAUUUAUGAGCAAAGUGAUUGUAACGCAUUUAGAAAUGUAUUAACCAGAGGUGGGUUUCCUACCCUUUUCGUAUAA